GUUCUGCGCGGGGGUGCGUGCGACUCAGACCUUCCCCGUCCUCCGAGUCCGGCACUUUCCCCACGACCCCUAAAAGUAACAACAAAAUACAAGUAAAUUUCCGAAAAAGACGUUGCCUCUGCUGGGUCCUGGCAGCUCAGUAGCUCAUGGGGUCCUGACGGGGGCGUUCCAUUCGCUCUGGGAAAUAGUGGCGUCGCGCCCUGUCCUUGUUGGCUUGGCUCACUCCGGCUGUGUACAUUCUGCUUUGCUCCCCCUUCCCAUCCUGUAAUGGACGCUCUGGGCAGCUAUGGUGCUGCCAGGACCUGGGAAACUGAGGCCCCGUCCCCUCUCUUAUCAGCCAAUCAGCGUGUACUGAGGUGGCUAGCCGGGGUCCAUGCGCAAGGGUAGCUACUGGUGCGGGCUGUGAGCUUCGGCGGGGUUUAGUCUGCUCGGGCGGGGCAGCAGGGGGUGAGUGGAGUCGAUCCUUGCGCGGGACCGACCCAGCGCUCACCCCGCUGGCAUGAUCCGCGUCCCCGCGUCCCCGCCGUGAUCCCCUCCGCCCGCCUGUGAAGUCUGCGAGGGGCUGCGGGUGGCAGCAGGACCGCGCCCGGCGAGCUUCGCUCUUCGCCUUCCCUUCCCCCCGCUGGCUUUGAGCAGAGGCUGGCUCCGCUUGGCGGGGGUGCGACUCGGAGCUGUCGCCUCGGUGCGUUCGGGGCUGCCCGGAGCGCGCUGCCAGACUACAGCUCACCGGUGCCUCUCGCGCCUACAGCACUGGUGUGCUGCUUAUAUUGCUGGCAGAUUUGACGCCGAGACCCCUUCGACCAGGCCAUGAGGAGCAGGAGUAACUCCGGGGUGAGGCUGGAUGGCUAUGCUAGGCUGCUGCAGCAGACCAUCCUCUGUCACCAGGACCCGGUGACAGGAUUGCUCCCAGCCAGCUGUGAUCACAAAGAUGCCUGGGUCCGGGAUAACGUCUACAGUGUGCUAUCUGUGUGGGGCCUGGGUUUGGCGUACCGCAAAAAUGCAGACCGUGAUGAGGACAAGGCAAAGGCAUAUGAGCUGGAGCAGAGUGUAGUGAAACUGAUGCGGGGAUUGCUGCAGUGCAUGAUGAGACAGGUGGAUAAGGUGGAGGCAUUCAAGCACAGCCAGAGCCCCAAGGACUGUUUCCAUGCCAAGUACAACACCCACACCUGUGCCACUGUGGUUGGAGAUGACCAGUGGGGUCACUUGCAGUUAGACGCCACAUCAAUUUACCUGCUCAUGUUGGCACAAAUGACAGCCUCUGGGCUUCACAUUAUCUACAGUCUGGAUGAAGUCAAUUUCAUACAAAACAUUGUGUUUUACAUCGAAGCAGCGUAUAAAACUGCAGACUUCGGGAUAUGGGAACGUGGAGACAAGACAAACCAAGGAAUCACGGAGCUAAACGUGAGCUCAAUCGGCAUGGCUAAGGCAGCCCUUGAAGCCCUGGAUGAACUCGAUCUCUUUGGUGCCAAAGGAGGCCCUCAGUCAGUGAUCCAUGUUCUGACGGAUGAGGUGCAGCAUUGCCAGUCUAUUCUCCAUUCCAUGCUGCCAAGGGCUUCGACUUCCAAGGAAAUUGAUGCCAGCCUCCUCUCAGUCAUCUCGUACCCCGCCUUUGCCGUGGAGGACAGUGAGCUGGUGGAGAUAACGAAGCAAGAAAUCAUUACAAAGCUUCAGGGGCGUUAUGGCUGUUGCCGGUUUCUCCGAGAUGGGUACAGGACCCCUAGAGAGGACCCAAAUCGCCUCUAUUACGAGCCUGCUGAGCUGAAGCUCUUUGAGAACAUUGAGUGUGAGUGGCCUUUGUUCUGGACCUAUUUCAUUAUCGACGGGAUCUUCAGCGGCAAUGUAGAACAGGUCGAGGAGUACAGGGAGGCCCUUGAAGGUGUGCUCAUCAAGGGGAAGAACGGAGUUCGCCUGGUGCCGGAGCUGUACAGCGUCCCUCCCAAUAAGGUGGAUGAGGAGUAUGUGAAUCCCCACACUGUUGACCGAGUCCCUAUGGGCAAGCUGCCCCACAUGUGGGGCCAGUCUCUGUACAUCCUGGGGUGCCUGAUGGCAGAGGGAUUUCUGGCUCCAGGUGAAAUUGAUCCCCUGAAUCGCAGAUUUGCUACUGUCCCAAAACCGGAUGUGGUAGUCCAAGUGUGCAUCCUAGCCGAGACAGACAGCAUCAAGGCCAUCCUGAAGAAGCAGGGCAUCGAGGUGGAGACAGUGGCUGAUGUCUAUCCCAUCAGAGUGCAGCCGGCCCGGAUCCUCAGCCACAUCUAUGCCAGAUUAGGUCGCAACAAGCGAAUGAAUCUGAGUGGACGACCCUUCCGGUACAUGGGAGUCCUGGGCACAUCCAAGCUCUACAACAUCAGAAAGAACAUCUUCACCUUUACACCCCAGUUUAUCGAUCAGCAGCAGUUCUACUUGGCCUUGGACAACAAGAUGAUCGUGGAGAUGCUGCGGACAGACCUCUCCUACCUGUGCAGCCGCUGGAGGAUGACUGGACGGCCGACAAUCACCUUCCCCAUCUCGCAAACCAUGCUUGAUGAAACUGGAACCAGCAUCCACCCGACGGUGCUGGCAAUGCUGAGGAAGCUGCAAGAUGGGUAUUUUGGUGGGGCAAGGACCCAAACGGGUAAGUUGUCUGAGUUCCUGACAACUUCGUGUUGCACGCACCUCAGCUUCAUGGAUCCCGGGCCAGAGGGUAAGCUCUAUGCCGAUGAUUACGGGCUCAGCAUUGACAGCUACAGUGAGCUCAAUCCCGAGGAGUGGCUGCAUGGCUUUCAAUUAGCGGAUGAUGCUGACGUUUGUGAUGAAGUGGCUCAGUAUUUAGAUCACCUUUUGGAGCACACAGCUCCCAAGGCUGCCCAGAAAGGAGGGCUGCAUCGCUUCCGAGCCGCAGUGCACACCACUCGUGACCUCAUGUCCCUGGUGUCCCAGGCCAAAGAGCUGCACGUACAAAAUGUCAACAUGUACAUCCCGUCCAAGCUGUUCCAGGCCUCCCAGCCUUCAGUGCACUUGCUGGGCUCCACCCACACACCUGAACAGGACAGCCAGAUUUGCUCACUCCACACCAUGGUAAACCUCCCUCAAGACAAGGCUGGAAAUGUGGACUGCAAGGCCCUGGUGGAUCAGCUGCGAGAGUGCCCCACCCUACAGGAGCAGGCUGACCUUCUUUACAUGCUCCACACCAUCAAGGGGCUUGACUGGGACACGGAGAUUGAUGGCCAACCUGGUGCUACAGUCAAGGACCUCCUCACUGAGCUAUAUGUCAGCGUGGGGGCUACCCAACAGUGGGCCCUGAUCCGCUACAUCUCCGGGAUCUUGAAAAAGAAGGUGGAAGCUCUCGAUGAGGCCUGCACUGACCUCUUGUCUCAUCAGAAGCACUUGACAGUGGGGCUGCCUCCAGAGCCUCGGGAGAAGACGAUCUCUGCCCCUGUCCCGUAUGAGGAGCUCACCCGCCUGAUUGACGAAGCCAGUGAGAAGAACAUGAGCAUCUCGAUCCUGACUCAGGAAAUCAUGGUCUACCUGGCCAUGUACAUGCGUACCCAGCCCACCCUCUUCGCUGAGAUGUUCCGCCUUCGCAUUGGGCUCAUCAUCCAGGUGAUGGCAACGGAGCUGGCACACUCCCUGCACUGCUCAGCUGAAGAAGCCACCGAGAGCUUGAUGAACCUCAGUCCUUCAGAUAUGAAGAGUCUUCUACACCACAUUCUCUCUGGCAAGGAGUUCGGAGUGGAGAAGAGCGUGCAUUCUGUUGACUCAGCCCUAACCCCUGCUAUUUCCAUCCGCGAGGUUGGUGCCGUCGGAGCGACUAAAACAGAGCGAGCUGGGAUAGUGAAGCUCAAGAGUGAGAUCAAACAGCAACUGGAUAAACGUAGGCAGUCUCUGAGGGAGAGUAAGUCCUGUGGCUUCCACUCUCUGGAGAUGGAUUCAGGAUCUCCUCUGAGUUCUGGACGCUCCAUCUUGCCUGCUGGCGGAUCCUUCGCUAGCAUGCUGGAAGAUCAGGUCUCCAGAGACGGCCGCCAUGGCCAGUGGCAGCGGAGAAGGCGGCUGGAUGGAGCACUCAACAGGGUCCCGGUGGGCUUCUAUCAGAAGGUCUGGAAAAUCCUGCAGAAGUGCCAUGGCCUCUCUGUGGAAGGCUUUGUCCUUCCAGCCUCAACAACCAAAGAGAUGACUCCUGGGGAGAUCAAGUUUUCAGUCCAUGUGGAAUCAGUCUUGAACCGUGUCCCGCAGCCAGAAUACAGGCAGCUCCUGGUAGAAGCCAUCCUUGUCCUGACCAUGCUGGCAGAUGUGGAAAUACACAGCAUUGGGGGCAUCAUUGCAGUGGAAAAGAUUGUGCACAUAGCAAAUGACUUAUUCUGUCAAGAACAGAAAGCACUGGGCGCAGAUGACAACAUGCUGGAGAAAGAUCCUGCCACAGGCAUCUGUACCCUGCUAUACGACAGCGCCCCUAGUGGCAGGUUUGGCACCAUGACCUACCUCUCCAGAGCAGUGGCAACAUAUGUGGAGGAGUUCCUCCCCAGCAGUGGCUGCACCAUGCAAUAGACCCAUUUGGGCUUGCAGCUGGAGUUUACAAACUGCCUUGGGUUACCUUUUAGGAGUCAAAGGCAUGCGUUAAGCCUGCUUGCUGGUAGACUGUCUCCAUGCCAUGACAACUUGUUGAAUUCAGUGGUGGAGCCUACCAUUUCCUAGCUUCACCCUGGGGGAAAAAGCUCUGCUGCAAUAGCUGUUCUUAGCACAGGGAGCGUGUCUCUGCUGAUACCAAGAGAUGUUUCAGGAGAGCAUGUUUGUGUGAUUAAACCAUGGCUGUGUUUGCAUACAGCCAUCCCAGCUCUUCCCUGGCACUGAACCCAGGACCGGGUUCACAAGUGAGAGGCCUGAGCUGAGGGUCCCGAGGUUUGAUCCCUGCUCAGCUCUGGGGUGUCUGUAUGUGCGUUACAAGUCCGAGCUUGGGGUGGGUUUCACUCAGUGAGGUGGUGAAUGGGGGACGGCUCUGAAGAUGCAUGCUAUGGUGCUCAGGCAGGUCUCAUGUCACCGGUUUCAAAACCCAACACACAAUGGAGGGAACAGGCUCUUGCUGCUCUAGCCCCAAAUGUGUGCUGAAUUUUGAAGGAGGGUUUUAUAAAGUGAACAGUAGCUUACCCUGUUGUCGUAGGAGCUUGGGCCCAGAGCAGACCCUGCUGGCAUUAACUCGCUGAGCAACGCAAACCUAAUCCCUGUGCUCUGCCCAUUAGUCCCAUGGGCUUCUUCCCACAGUGCAGUCUGGACCCAUAGGUGCUGACUCCAUGGGUGCUCUGGGGCUGGAGCACCCACAGGGAAAAAUUGGUCGGUGCUCUGCACC